UCUCCUUUUUAUAUUCUGUUUCUACUUCGAAAAUAUGCAAGACCUGGAUGAUUAUUUUUCAUUGGUUGCGUUGGUCCCGAUGGACGAUUCGCGCCUAGGGACCUUAGAUGGGGUACGGGUUACCAUCGUCCCAGAGGGCUAUCCCAUACGGGUUCUAGACAGUGAGGAGUGCGGGGUACUUAGAUCCCGCAUUCGCCAUGCAAACGCACGAUUGAUUUCACGAAUCCCGAUUUACGAGCAGCGAACUGGAUUACGUCAGAUUGCAUUGGUUCCGAUGGAUGAUUCACGUCUGGGGCCCCUUGAGGGGGUGCGGGUAACUAUCGUCCCGGAGGGCUUUCCUGUACGGGUUUUGGACAGCGAGGAAUGCGGG